AUGCCCUUGUCGUCGUUGUAUGAAUAUAAAGGCGUAGUUGCACUGAGUGAGAUCUCAUUGCAUUUGCUCAAACAUGGUAUGCAUGAGUUGUACACAUCAUGGCGCUAUCAUGGGGAAAGUUCAGUACAAGCAGCACAAUUAACACAUAAGGAUAAUACUACAACUGAAUGUGCAGCAGAUAAUGAUGAUGUUACAACAGGUUUGAAUGAGAAUAUUACCACAGAUGUGGAUGAGAAUGUUAGGGAAGGGAUGGAUGAGAAUGUAGAAGCAGGUGUUGAUGAGAAUGUUACAGCAGGUGUUGAUGAGAAUGUUACAGCAGAGUUGGAUGAGAAUGUUGGAACCAGCUUGUGUGGUCAGAAAAAGAGAUCAGCGGCUGAGAAGGCAAGAGAACCAUUAUAUCCUUCAUGUCCUAAUGGAAAGUCAGUAAUGUACGCUGCGAUAAUGAUGAACAACAUAAAUACUCAGUACAGAAUUUCAGACAAUGGUGUUACCGCAACAUUAGAAUUGAUGAAAGAGUUGCUUCCCGAAGGUAACAACAUGCCAUGUAAGUAUCCAGAUAUCAAGAAGAUUAUUAAAGAGCUGGGGAUGGAUUAUGUGACUUAUGAUGCUUGUGUAAAUGACUGUAUACUUUAUUGGAAGGAUAAUAGUUCAUUGGUGAAGUGUCGUUUAUGUCAAGAACCUCGGUACGUAAGAGUUUUUAAUGAUGAGAAAAAACUUACGCAAGUUGCACAAAAGACGUUAAUGCAUUCUCCGAUAAUUGUAAGGCUGAAAAGACUUUAUAGUAUACCAUGGAUAGCAGAGGCAAUGCUUUGGCAUUCUAGAGUACAGAGAGAUGUUAAUGUAAUGUGUCAUCCGGUGGAUUCUACAGCUUGGCGGUGUGCGGAUAAUUUCUGUCCUGAAUUUGCUAAGGAAGCACGAAAUGUUACUCCUGGGAUAGCAACUGAUGGCUUCAAUCCAAAUGGUCCGAGAGCACCAGGUAAAGAUAUUGAUGUUUACUUACAGCUAUUGAUAGAAGAGUUGAAAGAGUUAUGGAAUGAUGUUGGAUGUGUGACUCAUGGGUAUUAUGCGUGUCCUACCUGUGGUGAAGAAACAGUUUCAGAGUGGCUGCCGUAUAGUAAGAAGAUAUGUUAUAUGGGACACCGAAGAUGGAUGCCAUCCCAACACAAGUACAGAUUUGAUAAAACAAAUUUUAUUGGAGGGGUAGAAGAUGGUAAAGCUCCAUGGCCACUAACAGGAUUUCAAGUUCAAGAGAUGGUGAAAGAUAUGAAAAGUAAACAGGGUAAGGGUAAACCACCAGCAAAGAAACGUAAAAGAGGAGAAGAAGUGGAUAGUUUGCAACAGGGGCCGAUGAAGAUGUUUCUGACCACUCGCUAUUUUCUUGAAGGUCCAUACUUCAUGAUUUGCCUAAUUUGGGACAUAACGCAGUCCGUCAUUGUACAAAUGUUAUGCAUACAGAAAAGAACAUAA